AGAAGUAAUUUUCGAAGUUUAUGCGUUUAAGUAUGUGGAGUAAUUUCUCUUCAAUUGCUUGUCGAUUGACUGGAUAAGUGAGGAAUAAAAUGCAGCAAAAUAGUAACUGCGCCAUUUGCAGUUAUCCGUUGACGCGCGGCAAUUGCAGGAUCGUGGGGAAGAAGGGAAUUAGUACACUGAUCACACAGAGCAAACGCGUGGAAGACAAAAAAUGGUUGGAUUGGGAAAAAAAGGAAAAACUGGACUGCCAUGAGAAGUGUAGACUUUCAUACUCGGUCAGUGGAACGUAUACUCAGCAUUUUGCGUUGAAUGCACCAAAUAACAAUGUCGUAGCUGCAAGGGAUGAGGUUCCUGAUUUCCAUUACGCGGAUAAUUGCUUCAUUUGUGGUUUGAGUAUAAUAAAAGAUCCGAAAACAAAAAUCUGUCCAGUCACACAAAAAGAGACGCGUGAUAACUUGAUUGCAAUGGGAAAGUAAAGAAAUGACUCUUUG